ACAAGCCAGGGGCUCUGGAGAAAAAGAGCAACCAGGCAGUCAGGAAGAGGUUUCCCCACAGCUUCCAUGGCCCCUGGAGUCCAGCUGGAGAAGGAGCAAUGCAUGGGCUUCUUCCAAACCAUCCUCGUCGCCCUGGUCUUCCUCCCUCUCCUCAUGGUGGCCUCCCAUAACUUCCUGCAGAACUUCACAGCUGCUGUCCCCAGGCACUGGUGCUACAUCCCGAUGGGAGACAAUGACACCACAGAGGUGACAGGAGACCUGCUGAAGAUCUAUGUUCCUAUGGAUGACAACCAGGAGCCAGACAGGUGCCUGCGGUUCAGCACCCCGCAGUGGCAGCUCCUGGCUCCCAACGGAACCAGCACCAAUGCCACUGAGCCCUGCCUGGAUGGGUGGGCGUACGACAGGAGUGUCUUCAACUCCACCAUCAUCACUGAGUGGCACCUGGUCUGUGGCCAGCGGGCUCUCAAGGAUUUUGCCCAGUCCAUUUACAUGGCGGGGGUGCUGGUGGGAGCGCUGGUCUACGGGGGCCUGGCGGAUAGGCUGGGGCGCCGGGCACUGCUGCUCUGGUCCCUGCUGCUGGUGGGUGUGAUGGGCACCAGCGCUGCCUUCGCCCCCAACCUGGCAGCCUACUGUGCCUUCCGCUUCUUCAGUGGCACGGGUACCGCGGGCUUCAUCCUCAACAGCAUCAGCCUGACCAUGGAGUGGAUCCCAUCCCAGUCCUGGGCCACGGUGGCCACCAUCCUUGCCUGCAGCCUGACGCUGGGCCAGCUGGUCCUGGCUGGACUGGCAUAUGCCAUCCGUGACUGGCGCCAGCUGCAGCUGGCAUCCUCAGCGCCCUUCUUCCUCUUCUUCCUCUACAGCUGGUGGAUCCCAGAGUCCGCGCGCUGGCUCAUCGUCAACCACAGGCCUGAGACGGCGCUGAGGAACCUGCGACGGGUGGCCUGGAUCAAUGGCGAGAAGCUGGAGGGGGAGGGCAUCUCCCUGGAGACACUGAGGCUGGAAAUGCAGCAGAAGAAAGAGAGCUUGGGGCCCUCCCGGCACUCUGCCCUGGAGCUGUUCCGGACAGCGCCCAUGCGUGGGGUCACCUGCUGCCUUAUGCUGGCCUGGUUCUCCAACAGCUUCUCUUACUACCACCUGGCCCUGGACCUGCAGCGCUUCGGGGGCAUCAGCAUCUUCCUGGUGCAGCUGAUCUUUGGCGCUGUGGACGUGCCCUUCCGCAUGCUGGUGGCCGUGGCCGCCAACCGCCUGGGGCGCCGGCUCACGCAGGCUGCCUGUCUGUUCCUGGGGGGACUUUUCAUCCUGGCCAGCAUCCCCGUGCCGCAGGACAUGGAGGUGCUGCUGAUUGCCCUGACUGUCCUGGGAAAAGGGCUCUUCUCCUCCUCCUCCAGCUGCUCCUACCUGUACACCACGGAGCUCUACCCUACCGUCAUCAGGCAGACAGGGCUGGGGGUCACCAACAUGAUGGCUCGUCUGGGAGCGGUGGCAGCCCCCAUGGUGCAGAUGACCCAGGCCUUUGUCUCCUUCCUGCCCCUGCUCCUGUUCGGGGCAGUGCCCAUCACAGCUGGCAUCCUGGUCAAUUGCUUACCAGAGACCUUGGGGGUCCCACUAGCCGACACGAUGAUGCAGGUGGAGGACAGAGCAAGAAAGAAAAGGAGCAAGAAAGAGGAACUGAAAACCAAAUUCUAAACACAGGCUCAUGAGUCAGGCACUGGACUGGGAUUCUGGAGACCUGAGUUCAAAUCCUGGCUCCCUGUGUGACCUAGGGCAUGUCACUUCAUUGCUCGGUGCUCAAUUUCCCCAUCUGUAAAGUGUGGCUAAUGAUGCUUCCCUGCCCAGAGGGGAUUAUGGGGAUAAAUCUAUUAAUAUGUGGGAGGCUCAGAUACUAGCAUGAUAGGCCCCACUGCAGAACUAGAUAGAGAUAGAACCAGACAACCAGCUUUUUAUCACAGAAGCAAAAUCUUGAAAGGGUCCUUUUUGUCUGGGAUUCUCCAGCUUAGAUUUUUAGUUUUUUGGUGUUCAUUUGCCACAGGAUCAAGAGGGGAGACAUUUCUUCCCACUAGGAUGACUGUAAACCCUGAGAGAGCUAGCGUAUUUAAGUCUUUCCGGCAGGUAUCCAAUACUACCAUGGAAUUGACCUGCUUGCAGUGCUUUUCACAGUUGAUUUACACAUGGCUCAUCAGGGACUAGCAAAUGCUGGGGCAGAAUUGGUAGAUUGGACUCUGAAUCAAUUUGCUUAGCACA